AUGAUCUCCCCAUACACAUAUUCACCUUACUACUCCUCCCCCCCAUACCCUGUUGGCCACUAUGCUGACCGACCUCCCUCUUAUACCCACCAGGAGAUCCUCUUGUCGUCUCCCGACUUAGAGUUGUCACACCCGAUGCCAACACCGCCAUCGCCUUCGGUCCCCAUCGACCCUGCGCUGUCACUCUAUCCUCCAUACUACACCUCCUACCAACAGACACACAUCUCUGCUCCACAUAGCUACUCGUCUCCGUCAUCUCAAGACUCGGACACUGUUGGAACUCCUCCCAUGUAUUCAUCGACGUCAAAUGCCAACGGUAAACGACCUGGAUCAUCAAUAUCCAAUGGCGCUUCCAAGAAGGCCAGGAAGGACGACAUUGACGAUGCUGCUAGUCCAGCGACAGAACGGGAGGAAGGGAAGCCAAAGCCUACACGAGGCUCGCGCGCCUGCACUGUUUGUCGGAGACUGAAAAUGAAAUGUGUCGGUGCCGAACAAGGGCCACCUUGUAAACGGUGUGUUGCCGGAAACCACGAAUGUAUCUUCGAGGAGUCCAAUCGAGGCAAGCGGUCCUCUAAAAAACAUGAGUUGCUUACUCGGUCCAUCCGAAAGAUGGAAAGGACGCUUGAUACCGUGCUAAGAUCUAUUGGCAACCCCAGUUUAGCUUCUGGGAUGAUUUCUCGAUCACCGUCCCCCACUCCUCAAGCAUCUGGCACUUCUGCUCUCCUCGCAAGAUCGAGUUCACCUCCACCGUCAAUACCGGCCCCCCGUCCCAAUCAUCCAAACUCACCAAAGCUCCACUCCUUGCCCGACAAUUCUCUAAAUCCGCUCGGUCUAUUAGCGGAGGCUAGCUUGGCAAACCGACGUGCAAAUUCACAUUACCCCAGUGGUAUGGUUGCGAGGUCGGCUCAGCCGGCGGAAAAUCGACUGGGAGUAGCCAGUGAUAACUACUUCAAGCCUGGGCCCAUGUCCAUUCUGCCUUUGCGGCGUUUGUUCAUAGAACGGCAGGUUCAACCUGAAAUGCUGACGUUUGUCACAACCGACGAAGUAUUGGCCUUGUUCAAAAUUUACUUUGAACAUAUCAAUAUGCACUGCAACCUUCUCGACAGCAAUUUCCACACCCCCUCCCUCGUUUGCUCGAGGUCCCCGUUUCUAUUAACAACCAUUUGUGCUAUAGCCAGCAAAUUCUAUGAACCUAAUCCUGAGCUCCAUAAUAAGUUGACGGAGAUGGCCAAGAAGCUCGCAUUUAACGUUCCGGCACGCGGCUACAAGUCUCUGGAGAUUGUCCAGGCCUACCUGUUGCUGGCACUUUACGGCUGUGGCGCUGUCGAACGUUAUGAACAGGAUCGAACAUGGCUUCUCCUUGGGAUGGGCAUUCGCAUGGCAACGGACCUCAAUUUGCAUCGCAAAACCGCUGUUGCGAGUGAUGGCUCUGAGGACGGCCGGGCACGCGACUAUGAAGUUCAUAACCGGGAGCGGACAUGGCUUUUAUGCUUCUGUCUUGAUCGAAGCUUUGCAGCCCAGAUGGGAAAGCCUUACUCGAUAAGGGAGGAUUUCGUCAUUCGGAAUGCCCAGAAGUGGGCGCGUUCCCCACUGGCGAUUGCUCCCGACGCGGGGUUGGCUUUUUACGUCGAAAUGCAACGGGUCGUGUCCCGGAGUCUCGACAUGCUCUAUUCCGGUACAGAUUCCGGGUCAGGGCUCCUUGAGAAUUGUGACUCCCUCCUCAUGAUCAAGACCUUUGAAGCCCAAGUCAACUCGACAAGUCAAUAUUGGAUUAACCUGCCCCCCUUUGACGAAGCAACUAUGGGCAAAGCCUCAUACUUCGAGUAUCGCAAAUACAUGCCUCAAUUCUACUACCACUAUGCCAUGCUCGUCCUCAACUCUUUUGGGCUACAAAAUGCUCUAGAACGAGAACCUCUCAACAUCGGCCACUUUUUCGUUCGAUGUCACUCCUCAGCCACUGCAUGUGCGGUCAUCGUUCGAGACCAUUUAGGUCCCCGGGGAUUCCUACGGUAUUCUCCAGAUUCCCAUUUCGUGCAGACGUCGUAUGCUGUGUUGAGUUUGCUCAAGCUCCUUCGUCCAGAGUUUCAGGCAUUCCUUGAGCACGAGAAAGAGACAAUUGCUCUUGUGAAGGACGUCGUCGAUGAACUAGAGCGCGUUGCGGCCAAUCCGCUCCAUACUCCUGCACUUUAUAGCAAAUUCCUCAGGGCGAUCAUCUCGGCCAAACUGGAACCGCAGACGCCAGGACACGAAUCAAAGCCCGUUUCAAGAGGGUCUGGAAGAGCAAGAGGUGCCUCACCUGCCCUGGCCCCAGACUCGACAACCCAGUUUAGCAGUCCGCUCAUUUCAUUUGGCAAUGCGCAUGAUAGGGCGACUUCUGCGUUCACGUUGAACGAGUUCCAACUUGAUGGCGAGAUGGGUCCUGUUGCGGAUAUGUCCACGUUCCCGCCCACAAUGGCACCACCGCCAAACGACGAGUCAUUGGGUGCGCUGACGAUGGACAGCAUCCUGAGCAACGGAUUCUGGGAUACCAUGCUCGUUCCAGGUUUCAACUCAAUGGAGGGACUAAGUGGAGGCUUCAUCUUCGGGGCCGGUGGCUCUGGACUUAUUACGCCUCAUCUUGGCCAGUCGCCAGCACAGUCGGGGCAGAAUACCCCUUCUCGCGGGACCGCAGCGGGGGCAAGCAUCUUGACGCAGAUGAACAUCAACGCUGCGUUCCACCAGAAAGAGAAGGAUUCCUAG